CACUAUGAGACAAGAGGCGCAAAAAAAUAAACGACAAACCAUGCUAACAGCGCGCGCGUCAGGUGCCAAAAGCUUCUCUGUCAUGUGUACGAUCGCUGAGGAGAAGCAAGGUGAAAUUCCAAGGAUACCCUGAAAUUGCAAAGACGUCCGACAAGAAAGAAGAGGCCAGAAAAAGGAAGACUGGAAAAAACAUACAGUAGGAAAGCAAUUCCAUAUUCUUCUACGUCCCCUUGUUUGUUGUCAAUUCCUGCUCACAAUUGUCUCCUUCAAUUAAACACGAGCUCAAGUUAAAGGCACAAAACACAGCAAUACACCAAGCAAUGGUUAACUACGGUGAAUGGAUGCGCGAUGUCAACGAUGACACGCUGUUGUCAACUCUGUCUCUACCAGGUACACACAACGCGGCGGCCUGCCACACUGCGCUCCCAUCAGUGCAAUGUCAAGGCGCCAGUGUUAAGGACCAGCUGAACAACGGUGUUCGUUUCCUGGACAUUCGUCUCUCCAAGAACAUUCUUAAGAGUGACGAGGCUGACCAAAAGAACCUCAUUGUGUGCCAUGGCAAGUUUCCCGUUAAACUCUUGGGCAAUGUGUACUUGAAGGACGUUCUCAGUGACGUUUUCAAGUACCUGGAGGAGCACAGUUCCGAAACUGUUAUCGUUAGUUUGAAACAGGAGGGAAACGGGUCCUGGGACAAUGAUCAAGAUGAGUUUGGCAAUUUGAUUUGGGACAAGUAUGUCAGCCCAAACCACGACCGCUGGUACCUUGGUACGGACAUCCCUCGCCUGAGAGACUGUAGGGGUAAGGCCAUCUUGUUCCGCAGAUUUGGCGUGAAGAACGAGGAGCGCAAGAACCAAUUUGGCGUUGACGCUGCCUGGUGGAGCUACAACUGUACCCACGAUGAUCGUGGUGCCCUCCAGAUCCAGGACUUUUGCGAGAUUAGCAGCGUCGACGACAUUGCAAAGAAAGCUGAGUAUGUGAAGAGCUUAUCCAAGGCGGCUGUUGAACACAACAGCACCAAUCCGGGCGAUGCAAAGCUCUUUGUGAAUUUCUGCUCAGGGUCCAACUUCUUUGACCCGAACUGCUGGCCUUCCAAGGUUGCCCAAGGCUUGAACGAGCAAGGCAUUGCAGAGUCCUUUGGCAAAGGAAGUGGGAUUAUCGUUUUGGAUUACGCGGAGGAGUCAGAAUGGAACCUGGUGAGGGAACUGGUUGACAAGAACUUUUGAGAGGAGCUUUUAACAAACGACAGUCAAACGAACCGGUUAAUUGAAUGAACCGGUUA